UGUUUUUCGCGUCGAUGUCUUCGAAGUGUUGCGUGGAGCGCUUGUUCGCCUGCUACACGUGUCAGACCACCGUAUGCUCAUUACGGGUUGUCGUGCUUGUAUAAUAUCAGCAGUUUAGCUUUUCCCUUUGUGCACAUCAGUGUCUAUAAUGGCUGAGCACACCGUUGAAGAGAACGCCGGCACCGCAGCUGUUUCAGCAAAAGUGGACUUCGUUACGAGAAACCUUCAGGAAGUGCUCGGUGAAGCUCGAAUGAAUGAAAUCAUGAAGGAUCGAGAUCUGAAAAUCUACUGGGGUACAGCAACAACUGGCAAGCCUCACGUUGCCUAUUUCGUCCCGAUGUCGAAGAUCGCCGACUUUUUGAAAGCGGGUUGUGAGGUAACCAUUCUUUUUGCAGAUUUGCACGCAUAUUUGGAUAAUAUGAAGGCCCCUUGGGGUUUGCUCGAACUUCGAACGCAGUACUACGAGCACGUAAUCAAGGCAAUGUUGAAGUCCAUUGACGUGCCGCUGGAGAAGCUGAAGUUUGUGAAGGGCUCCACUUACCAGUUGAGCAAAGAGUUCUCUAUGGAUGUCUAUCGCCUGGUGUCUUUGGUGACUGAGCAUGACGCAAAGAAAGCCGGGGCUGAGGUUGUGAAGCAAGUCGAGCACCCUCUCCUUAGUAGCAUGCUCUACCCAUUAUUGCAAGCCUUGGAUGAGGAGUACUUGCAUGUUGAUGCGCAGUUCGGCGGUGUUGACCAGCGCAAGAUUUUCACGUUUGCCGAGAAGUACUUACCUCAACUGGGUUAUGAAAAACGCAUUCAUCUAAUGAACCCCAUGGUGCCUGGCCUGUCGGGCGGCAAGAUGAGUUCUUCGGAAGAAGAUUCGAAGAUCGACUUGCUGGACACCCCGGCCGCCGUGAAAAAGAAACUCAAGAAGGCUUUCUGCGAGCCAGGAAACCUAGAGGACAACGGUGUUCUUGCCUUUGUGAAACAUGUCCUUAUUCCUCUUCAGAAGCGCACUGAUCUGGUAAUCGAGCGUGACGAGGCACACGGUGGUAAUAUAACGUACUCGAGCUAUGAACAGCUGGAGGAAGAUUUCAAGAACCUCAAGCUGCACCCAGGUGAUUUGAAGGCCAUGGUCGAAGUACAGCUGAAUCGGCUGCUAGAUCCAAUCAGAGAAACCUUCAAUGAUCCGAAGCUUCAGAAGCUGGCUGCAGAUGCCUACCCACCUCCAACAAAAUUGGUUUUUGAUGAAAUAACCCCACAGCGCCUUGACUUGAGGGUAGGACGUAUCGUGGAAGUUAAUGACCAUCCAGAUGCAGAUGCACUUUAUGUGUCACGUGUCGACUUGGCUGAACCUACUGGACCCCGUACAGUUGUGAGUGGCCUACGAAACUUGGUACCUAAGGAAGCACUUCUCAACCAGAACGUUGUUCUGCUUUGCAACUUGAAGCCGUCUAAGAUGCGGGGCGUGGAAUCGCAAGCAAUGGUGCUCUGCGCAUCUGUGCAGGAGCCACGGCAAGUUGAGCCCCUAAAGCCACCCAGCAACUGCAGUCCAGGAGACCGAGUAUUCAUUGAAGGCUACGAGGAUGCCAGCAUCCAGCCAGACAGCCAGCUAAAUCCGAAAAAGAAGAUUUGGGAGAAGCUGCAGGUGGACAUGAAGGUUUCUGCAUCACUUGUGGCUGAGUGGGGAGGUUGUGCAUUCAUUGUGAAUGGCCAACCUGUCACAUGUGCUUCGCUAAAGGGAGCACCCAUCAAAUAAGACUGCUUUGCCUUAUAAGGCAACACUCUAACUUAUAUGUCCUAUACAUAAAUUGGUCAUAUUUGUAUGCAAUGUACACUAUUGGAACUGUGAAAAUGAAAGGAUACAAUGAAAGUUUAUUUUACUGGUGUCCCUUUAUUCAAAUUAGUAAAAUUGGAGACAAGCAACAGCCAUUCUCUACGCCAUGAUAACAUUGAUUUUUAAGGUCAGCAAUAAUAGCUAUGAAGUUAUUUCUUUUCAUAGUGUCCACAGCACCUGGGAACUAUACCAAAGGAGCAUAUAUGUAUGCAUAUAUUGGAAUUUUGUACCUGUUACUGCUCUAUGGGCCACCAUAUUUUUGCAUGCAUUUUGUAUGAAAGUAUGUUUGUAUUAAACUAUUUAUACUCUCA